AUGCGGAGCGAGAAGUGGCUGGCGUACGAGAACCUGAAAGAGGAGAUCCUGGAGAAGAUAAGGAAGAUAGAGGAGGAGCGGCACACGGUGGACCUGUGGUCCUGCGGUGCCGAGUGGGGUAAGAAGCGGCGCAGGAGACAGGUGGCCGUGUCCCCUCCCUACGUGGUGUACAUGCUUCCCGACGCGGACAUAAUGGAGGACUGGCGGCUGGUGAGGAAGCUGCUAGAACGGGCCGAC